UUACGCGUCCUCCGUAGCUGUGUCGGGUGCACAAAGUCCGUCUUCAACGACAACCACCACCACCACCACCACCAUGACACCUCAAUCUAUGUCACCAGAAAAGUCAACCUCUACUACAGCAGAAGAACAACGCCAAAGAAAAACUGCACGAACGCCGCCACCACCACCAUCACCACCCUCGUUAGGUUCAGCUCCUCCUCCUCCCCACGCUUCUUCUGUUUUAUCGGAUUACAAUAGUUCGCGAUCCAUCUCCCGCUCCAGUACACCUUCUCAAUUCGUAUUCAAGAAACCCGAAUACGACAGUCAUUACCAUCAUACACAUUUUCAUCAUCUUGAAAAAAAGGAUACCCUCUUUCAUGAUCUCAAGCGGUUCUUUAAAAAAGCGAGUCAUCAUGAUCAUAAAAAGAAAAAGAAAGGUCUCUUGCUUGAUCACAACGACACAUCCAGUGUUCGUAGCAGCGCUUCUUCUGUCUAUAGUCGACAGAGUGAUUUGUCGUUUGCAAACGAAUUCAACAAGGAUUUGGAAGGAAGAUAUGGCAAAUGGGGUGAAUUUGUUGGAAAAGGUUCAGGCGGAUCUGUCAGAAUCAUUCGACGUAACACAGACGGAAAGACAUUUGCAGUGAAAGAAUUUAGAAAACGAGGACCUGGAGAAAAUGAAAAGGAAUAUGUCAAGAAAGUGACCGCUGAAUUCUGUAUAGGCUCCACUUUACACAAUUACAAUGUCAUUGAAGCAUUAGAUAUCAUUCAAGAAGGCCAGACAUUUUAUGAAAUCAUGGAAUAUGCUCCCAAUGAUCUUUUCAAUAUUGUGAUGAGUGGUAAAAUGACAGACGAAGAAAUUGCAUGCUGUUGGCGGCAGUUAUUGAACGGUGUCGACUAUUUACAGACCAUGGGCAUCGCUCAUCGUGAUUUAAAGCUGGAUAACAUGGUGUUGGAUGAAAGAGGCAUUGUAAAGAUCAUUGAUUUUGGAUGUGCCACUGUUAUUAAAUAUCCUUUUGAAGAACAUACCCACUUGAGUAAAGGCAUUUGCGGAUCAGACCCUUACAUUGCACCAGAACAAUACACACAAAAGGAAUACAACGCUCUUAAAACAGAUUUAUGGUCCUGCGGUAUUAUCUUCAUUUGUAUGACCAUUCGACGCUUCCCAUGGAGAUUACCUCGUCCGGAGAAGGAUCAAUCGUAUAGCAACUUUAUUCAGCCUGAUGGAAACGGCGCAGAACGUUUAUUCAAACUAUUACCACGCUAUGCACGACCUGUCAUUUCUCAAAUAUUAGUACCUGAUCCUCAAAACCGAUGCACCUUGGAAGAUGUCUUGAAGGAUGACUGGGUCAAGAGCAUCGAUUGUUGUACACCAGAGGCGCCAGCAAAAAGUCAUCCUCACCAUUUACUGUUCCAACCAAGUAGAGCAGUCAUGGAACGUGGAAAUAUCAUUGUUUUACCACCUCAAAAGAAGGAAGAAGAAGCCGACAAUACCUCAACCGAUAAAAAGAAAGAUAAUAACCAUCAGCAGCAACAGCAGCAACCUCAUCACCAUCGUCGUCAUCAUCAACAUCAUCACCGUCACCAACACCGCUCUAAAAAAUAGAUUUGAACUCUUACGUAUCCCACCUUACCUAUUAUUGUACACAGCUGAAGCACGCGUUUCGUUUGUUUGUUG